UCGAUCGAUCCCUCCCAAGCUCUGCUCCCCCAUGCCCCGUAUUUAAGGCCGCCCACCACUCCCGCUCCCCAGUACUCCGCAGUCGAGCAAGCAAGAGCGAGGCGAGCGUCCCGAUCCGUCAAUGGCGUCUCCUGCUCCCGUCAAGAAGGUGCUGGUGCCGAUCGCCGCCGGCUCCGAGCCCGUGGAGGCGACCGUCCCUAUCGACGUCCUCCGCCGCGCGGGCGCCCACGUCACCAUCGCGGCCACGGGCGGCCUGCUCGUCCACGCCAUGUACGGCGUCAAGAUCGGCGCGGACGCCACCGUCGCCGACUGCGCCGACGCGUCCUAUGACCUCGUCGCCCUCCCCGGAGGGAUCCCCGGCGCGGCCAACCUCGGCGACUGCGCCGCGCUGGAGAGCAUCGUGAGGAGGCACGCGCUCAAGGGCCGGCUCUACGCCGCCAUCUGCGCCGCGCCGCCGCUGGCCUUGGCGCGCUGGGGCCUGCUCAACGGCCUCAAGGCAACUGCUCAUCCGGCGUUCGUCGACGAGUUCCCGGCCGAGGUGGCCGCCGUGGACGCCAACGUGGUGGUCGACGGCAAGGUCGUCACAGCCCGUGGGCCGGCGAUGGCGAUGGAGUUCGCUCUCGCCUUGGUGGAACAGCUCUACGGGAAGGACAAAGUUGACCAGAUUGCCAAACCAAUGCUUGUCAGAUAUGAACCUGGGUAUACCUUCAAGGAGCUCAACCCGAUCCAAUGGCAAUGCAACGGCACGCCCAAGGUUCUGAUCCCUCUCGCCAACGCGAACGAGGAGAUGGAGGUGAUAACGAUCAUCGACGCGCUGCGCCGGGCCAACGCGGCCGUCGUGGUGGCGUCGGCCGAGGACGGCGUCGAGAUCGUCGCGCGCCACAACACGAGGAUCGUCGCCGACGUGCUGCUCGACGCCGCCGCCGACCAGCAGUUCGACCUGAUCAUCGUGCCGGGCGGCAUGCCCGGCGCGAAGACGCUCGCCGGCAAGGAGAAGCUCGUCGCGUUGCUGAAGAAGCAGGCGGAGGCGAACAGACCGUACGCCGCCAUCGGCGCCGCGACGGCUCAGGUGCUCCAGCCGCACGGCCUCCUCAAGGGCAAGAAGGCGACGACGGGCACGUCCAUGGCGUGCCUGCUGGCGGACGCCGGCGAGUGCGAGAACAGGGUGCUCGUCGACGGGAACCUGAUCACGAGCAGGGGCCCCGGGACGGCCAUGGAGUUCGCGGUGGCCGUCGUGGAGAAGCUGAUGGGGAGCGAGGCGGCGCGGGAGGUGGCGGAAGGCUUGCUCUUCGUCUGAGUCGUGUGCCCUGACACUGACAGACAGGCUGAAAGCUCCGGGCCUGUGCCCGUGUCGUGUGAGUGAGUGAUCGUGUUGGCUCUUGGGGUUGGGGGAGAAGAGGUUGCGUUGGCACGCCGGCGAGUAAUAAAGUUGAUUGCUAUCUAUUUUUUUUUUACCAAACGGUAUGUACGCAGAUUCUCGCAUAAUGCACGCACACUCACCGUUACAAGUACA